AUGGGUUACGAUUUGACCCGGUUUCAGGGCGAAGUCGACGAGGAGCUGAUUUGUCCCAUCUGUUCCGGUGUGCUGGAAGAACCGUUGCAGGCCGUUGCCUGCGAGCAUGCAUUCUGCCGCGGUUGCAUCACCGAGUGGCUGUCGCGGCAACCUACCUGCCCCGUCGAUCGCAACCCGAUCACGAACAACAAUCUCCGCGCCGUGCCAAGAAUCCUGCGCAAUCUGCUGUCCCGGCUGAACAUUACCUGCGAGAACGCCAUGUACGGCUGCACGCUCGUGCUGAAGCUGGACACGCUGGCGGCCCAUAUCGAGGAGUGCGAGCACAACCCAAAGCGGCCGCUCCCGUGCGAGAAGGGGUGCGGCUUCGUCAUACCGAAGGACGAGUACAAGGAUCACAAUUGCUUCCGGGAGCUCCGCUCGCUGGUCCACAGCCAGCAGCAGAAGAUGGGCGAGCUGAAGAACGAGAUCAACGAUCAAAACUUGGUGAUAAACGAGCUGAAGCGCGAACUGAAUCUCGUGAAGGAUUUCAUGCGGGCCAUGCGGGUCUCGAAUCCCGCCAUGCGUGCCAUUGCCGAUCAGAUGGAGCGGGACGAGGUGACCCGGUGGUGCAACGGGUUGGCCCGGGCACGUGUCACGCGGUGGGGCGGAAUGAUUUCCACCCCGGAUGACGCACUGCAGCUAAUGAUCAAACGGGCACUGUCCGAAUCGGGUUGCCCACCGCACAUACUGGACGAUUUGAUGGAAAACUGCCACGAGCGUCGGUGGCCCCGCGGUCUCAGUUCACUAGAAACGCGCCAAAACAAUCGGCGGAUAUACGAAAACUACAUUUGCCGGCGAGUACCCGGUACGACAAUAGGUAAACAAGCCGUGCUGGUGUUGCAGUGUGACAAUACGCACAUGAACGAGGACGUCAUGGUCGAGCCGGGACUGGUGAUGAUAUUUGCACACGGCAUCGAAUAGUUAGCGGGCGGGGAGCCGGGCGGCACCAACUACUGAUG